AUGGAAGCUUUUACCAUAUUUCGCGGCGCACAUUUUGGGAAUCACUGUUUUGUACACCUUCUUGUGAGUCGGUCACGCAACAGGCCACUCGUGAGGCUUCACUUUCGCGACUCCCUUUCCGGUUGGCUGACUGUGACUUUUGUCCUUUGGCGUCGGGCGCUCGCCAACCUCGUUCCCGCCUCGAGGCCAGUCUGUGCAGACCGCGAAAGCGUCGGUUCGCUUCAACGAUUCGCCAGAAAAUUGAGCCGCUCCAGGAAGGCUCCAGCUUACAAACUCAUUUACGCAACUAGGCAGUCUCGGUGGAAGAUUUCCUCUUGGGCCAUUAGGUCUUGA